AUGCUGCCUCCCAGAAGCGAGUGGUGGCGGAAAGUUCCCCCUCCAAAGAUCCCAGCGGUUGGCAGAUGCAAGAAGACUGCUGUGGAUGGCGCCAAGAAGAUUGUAGCAGCCCACCCUGGAAAGGUCAGGGAGAUUUUCUGCAUCCGAGACUGCCCAUGCCCAAGUAACAGCGAGCACUGCUGUGGUCUUGCAACCGACAUGAUGUGCACGUCUGUGGCCGGCGUAAGUUUACCUCCCCUCCUCAGUGAUGGAAUAGGAACGGAAGACAGUAAACUAAUACGGCUUGGUAUUGUGAAGAAACGCGACAGAGAUGCAUUUGGCCGCAGCAUGGCUGAGUGGGUUAUGAAAAACCGCAAAGCCCUGAACUUGAAAUAUGUUAUCUGGGGGCAGAGGAUCUGGAACCCAUCCAUCGACAGGGUUGUUGCCCCAUGGACUAAAUGGAGACAAAUGGAAGACCGUGGCUCCAUUACUCAGAACCACUGGGACCACGUCCACGUUAGCUACAACGGUUAG